AUGGACCAUGACCUUUCAGAUGCAUCCGACUUGAGCCUGAAAUCGAUGUCGUCGGAUCCCGACGUGGAAUCCCCGCACAAUGAAACCCCGGCGCAAACAAAAGACGGGCUAGCAGUUCACUCGGAUGGGGGAGACAUGGAGGCGGCCUACAACGAACCCAUAACAUCGAGGGACUCGGCACAUCAGGAUCAACCACCUUCUCCAGCUGGAAAUGAACAGCUUCCCCAUAAUGACAUUGGGGAGGACGGCGACAACGCUGGUCAUAUCAUCCGCUCGUCAAAUGGGAACACAAUAGCCAACUAUAGCCUUUUCAACAACCCGCCAAAUCUUGCGAGAAUCCGACGAGUGAUGUUCGAGUGCAAGGACCCAAUCGAGAUCAGCCUCGACGAGUUUGAGACAUAUUGGCCUUUCAUCGAUAACGUUUGGGUGAAACAGAGAUCCAAUUCGAGCAAAGAGGGCCAUUGCACAACAGACUAUUACAUGUGCCGCCUACGGCGUCCAACCCACCGCUCGUCCGAAACACGUCCCUUGCCCGAAGGGAAACGUCCUAGGAAGAAACGGGUGCGGGAAGGCGGUAUCUGCAACUUUCAAAUCAAAGUCGUUAAGUUUGAAGGUGCAUAUUCGACGGUAACGAUUUCGCGGACUCCCGGAAGCAGUACCGUUCACUCGCAUGAUCUCAAUUAUAUCGACAAAGUCAAGCGGAAUUCAGGCCUUAUGGAAUUUGCCCGGAAGGAAGCAGUGAAAGGAUAUUUGCCCUCUUCGAUCUACACAAAAUUUCAGGAGGAACCUGAGAAACUUUACGAAGCGGGCGGCAAGUUCUGUACAGUCACGGAUGUCCGAAAUGUCUCAGCAAAAUGGCGGAUGCAGAAUCCUGAAGUGAGACUCGUUCCGCAUGAUGGCUAUGAAUAUCAAAAGGGACAUGGGAUAGUGAGAGUCCAUGGAUCCAACGAUAUUAAAAGAAACACAUCUGAUUCGAAUCCUCCACAAGAAAGUCUGAAUCAUCCUUUACCGCCGGAUACUUUGCAAUUCCCUCAAUUCACCUUGGACUUUCUAGAACCCUAUAUGCCCGACCAUGAUGAAAAGCGCCAACUCCCCCACGUCACUCUAUCGUAUGCAUCUUCUAUGGAUUCCAAGAUCUCGCUUGAACCAGGGAUGCAAACUGUCCUGUCAGGGCCAGAAGCGAAACUAAUGACACACUACUUGAGAUCUCGUCACGAUGCAAUCCUGAUUGGAGUCGGAACUGUCCUUGCUGAUAACCCAGGACUGAAUUGUAGACUUGAGGGAGCCGGUGGAUUUGGUGGCCUUGGAAGGAUGUGGCAACCGCGGCCGGUUAUCAUUGAUCCCACCGGACGAUGGCCUGUUCAACCGGAAUGCAGAAUGUUACGAACUGCAGUGGAGGGUAAGGGCAAAGCUCCGUGGGUUGUUGUGUCUCCAGGGGCACAGAUCCAUCCUCAAAAGUUGAUGAUGCUGAAAGGCCAUGGGGGUGACUUCCUUCGCAUCGUGGAGUACAAUCAGAAUUGGCGACUCCGCUGGGAGGUUAUUCUGCAUGCCCUUGCAUCUGAAGGAAUCAAAAGCGUCAUGAUUGAAGGUGGAGGAACAGUUCUAAGCGAAUUACUGAAUCCUGAAUACACCGACUUUAUCGAUUCUAUUGUUGUGACUGUUGCUCCUACCUAUCUUGGCCGCGGUGGAGUGGGUGUAAGCCCCGACUCAAAACGAGAUGAGCAGGGCAAACCGAAUGCUGCCCUGAACCCUCGAGAUGUAACAUGGAUGCCUUUGGGGCAAAAUGUGAUCAUGUGCGGCAAGAUUCGACCAACUUCACCGCCCGAGGUGACAAGCAGUACAGUGGAUGUUGCAAUGGAUCAGCAAAAUGGAUAG